UCUCCCCCCACUGCGCGACUUAACGCAGGAGGAGCGACGCGCACUCUCAGCCCGGACUCACGCUGCUCUCCAUUCAUGUCGUUUUCAACAAGGCUCAAACUGCGCAAAAAACUGGGAAGUAAAUCAACGCGGCGUUGCGCCGUUUCGCCUCUCGAAGGGAAUACGCCGUUUUUCGACGCCGAGGUGCAGAGCAGUGAUGUCACAGAGCUGAGGACUGUCUCAUACAAAUAUGGAGUUCGGAGAGCGGCUGACCUCCCCAUCAUCAGCCACAUCCUCCCUUCACAUGGCCUCUUCUUCAGCCAGCUCCUCCCCUGCUCCACCCCCGACGACCAAGUGCAGCGCGGCCCCCAUCCCUGCAGGCGGCUCUCCUCUCACCACCUGUGGCCAUCUGCGCCAGGUAACUGGGGAUGAACGGUUAAAUAUUUCUGGCAGCUCCAAUGGUUUUCCUUUGGUCAGCCAUCCAGCUUUCGGGCUCUACACAUCAAGUUCAGGCCGCUCUGAGUUUGGAGGCCUUGGAAGUCUGGGCUUGUCCGCCUUGGCUGCUCACUCCCAGUUUGGUACAUUUCCAGACUGGUGGAGGCUAUCUGAGGCUCAUGCCAGCAGAGCAGGAUCCUUCUUUCCUCCUCUUCUAGGUCUGCAUCCCAUAUUUGCAUCAACCUUCAAAGGCUACGAUCCCACUUACUUGCAGUCACGUUCCCCAGGCGUAAUUGGUACGGGGAAUGGUAGGAGUGGUUCAUCUCCUACUGGGAACUCUGCUGUGACCACCAGUUCACCUCCAACAAAGGGAAACACUGAGAAAACGAAGUCUGACAGUAGUCGGCGUCCGAAGAACAACCAGGACCAGGGCCAACUGCAUACGGACAUCACACAGAAAACAAAAGAAAAGGAACCCAACAAAAGGCUACUAGAGACUUCCAGUAUGAGUGGCAGCCAAUCGGGCUCACUCUCGGAUAGCUCCUUCAGUGAUGGCGAGGAGAGCAGCUGUGAUGCAGAAGACAUGGAGGAGGAGGAUGACAAUGAUGAAGAUGAUGACGAUCAGAGCAAUGACAGUGGCAACUCUGAUUCCGAAAACGACAGUCACAGGAAAAGGAAAGUCAAACGGCUGACACAGAACACUUGUGAGAGUAAAAAGAAGAGACCUCACACCGCUGAUGGAAAUUCAACUCCACACAGUCAGCCCGACGCCGUUCCUUUGGCUUCCCCGUACCGCCCGCAUUCCUCCUCCCGUCCCGUCGGCCCUUCGCAGUCCGCACCGCUGUUCCUCCAGAGCCCCGGGGCCGUCGAGGAGGAAGGCCAGCAGCACAUCAGCGUGAUCCAGGCCACGGGGUUGGCGGCCGGCAACAGUCCCCGAGCGCCGUCCCACAGGGAGGCCUCUCCACUGCCCUGCAGAACAACAACCCUGUUGGCCUCCAAAAAGCUUCAACAGAAACCAAAAUGUCUGAUGCCUUCUCCAACGCACACUCAGCUGGCUGAUGGCAUGAAGGAGAGCAGUGGAAACCUUUCGGAUGAUCGAUUGUCUCACUUGAAAAGUUUCAAUUUGAAACGGCCCCUUCACUCCACAAAGCAGGCGUUCGAUCUGCGACCUGAGAGCCAAAGCUGGUAUAAAAGUCACACAAAUCCAGCGUCAUCCUCAUCUUUGCUGACACAGCAUAAAAAAUUGUCAGAUACAUUCAGCAGUCAUUCGCUGCCCCUCCCACACAGCAACGACACCAAUCUGUUCCUGAACCACCACCUUAAUGGAGUCACCCACAACGCCGUGCAGGACGCCCCUUUGGCUCUCAUCACCAAACCCCGCACCCCUAGUAGCACCCCCAGUAGCACCCCUAGUAGCAAGCCCCUCCUGGUAGCCACCAGCCCCGCCCAUCUCAUGCCCAUCAACCUGAGCACAUGCACUAAGGACAUGUCCGGCAGCUCCGUUUCCCCACUCAAACCGUCGGCCUCGUCGGGUCUCGCUCACAGACCAAGAAAGACGAGCACCCCCAGGUCUCUGCAGGAAGGAGACCGCCUUGCUAAAACCAAAGCGUCCUGUCCAGCUCCAGACGUGGUGCGCGGCAGUGAGUCUGAUAUCCACAGCAGCCGGGACUCGGAUGACUCUCUGGGUGAUGACUUUGAUGACGAUGAUGAAGAUAAUGAAGAUGAUAUUGACGAUGAAGAUUCUGGCAGUAGCCUGUCAGAGUCGGAGAGCGAUGUGGAUAGCGACUGUGCUGGCUCUGAGGAUGACAUUAAGGAGCACAGUGAGACCGAAGCCGACAGCGAUGCAGAAAGGACCCCCCUGAAACGCGCCAGAGCGUCCUUGUCCUCGUCGAACCUCUCCGCCAGCCGCUCUCUGCUCAACCUGCAGAUGAUCAAGCCUCAGAGUUCACCUAGUAGCCUUCUUACCCCCAGCACGGUGACCAGCUCGGAUGCACGGAGUAACCACAGCACCACAUCGCCGUCCUUCACAGUCGCCCCACAGUCAGGAUCUGGAAAGAGGAGGAGAGUAACCGAUGAGAGAGUUCUGCGGUUGCCUCUUGAGUUUGGGUGGCAGAGAGAGACCCGUAUAAGGACUGUGGCGGGUCGCCUGCAAGGAGAGGUAGCCUACUUUGCUCCAUGUGGGAAGAAGCUACGUCAGUAUCCGGAUGUCAUGAAGUACUUACUUCGAAAUGGAAUAACUGAAAUAUCACGAGAUAAUUUCAGCUUCAGUACAAAAAUUCAAGUGGGUGACUUCUAUGAAACCAGAGAAGGACCAGAGGGUCUACAGUGGUUCCUGCUAGCAGAGGAGGAGAUCGCUCCCCGCAUCAUAGCGAUGGAUGGGAGGCGCAGCCGCUCCGCACAGUCUGAGCGGCAGUUGAUAGGCGAUGGCCAGGGGGCCGGCCGGUGGAGGAUCCAGCCACUUGGUAUCGAUGAAAAUAACCUCCAAGGCGUCAGCGACGCAAAGCUGCUGCGCAAACUGGAGGCUCAAGAAAUAGCUCGACAGGCAGCUCAGAUAAAAAUGAUGAGGAAACUUGAGAAGCAGGCCAUGGCACAAGCCGCCAAAGAGGCAAGGAAGCAACAAGCAAUAAUGGCUGCAGAAGGGAGACGGAAAAAGAGGGAGCAGAUGAAGAUUGUUAAGCAGCAAGAGAAGAUCAAGCGCAUUCAGCAAAUUCGUAUGGAGAAAGAACUCCGUGCACAGCAAAUUCUCGAGACAAAAAGAAAGAAGAAGGAAGAAGCAGCCAAUGCUAAAAUAAUGGAGGCUGAGAAGCGAAACAAGGAGAAAGAGAUAAGAAGACUCCAAGCUGUCAUAUUGAAACACCAGGAGUUGGAGAGACAUAGACUAGAUAUGGUAUGGGAGAGAGAGAGACGCAGGCAGCACAUGAUGCUCAUGAAGGCCGUGGAGGCCCGUAAGAAGGCAGAGGAGAAAGAGCGUCUGAAGAAAGAGAAGAAGGAUGAGAAACGGUUGAACAAGGAGAGAAAAUUGGAGCUUAGAAGACUGGAACUUGAAAAGGCCAAGGAGCUAAAGAAGCCAAAUGAAGACAUGUGUUUAGCAGAUCAUGAGUCACUGCCGGAGUUGGCCCGGAUCCCUGGUCUAGUAUUACCGGGAAGUACCUUCUCUGAAUGUCUGAUGGUGCUGCAGUUUCUGCGCAGCUUUGGCAAAGUCCUGAGGCUAGACAUGCUUAACCUGAGUGACCUUCAGGAGGGGUUGCUCAACACCGGGGACAGUAUGGGCAAAGUGCAGGACCUGCUGGUGAACAUGCUCGCCGCAGUUGUGUGUGAUCCCGGCAUACCUGCAGGUCACAAGAAUAAGAUUGCCUUGGGGGACCACCUGAUUAAUGUGGGGAUCAACCGGGACAACGUAUCUGAGAUCCUGCAGAUCUACAUGGAGGGCCACUGUGAGCAGACGGAUCUGGCUGCUCUGGCCCUCAGCCUCAGGACCAAGGCGUUUCAGGCCCACAGCCCGACUCAGAAGGCCUCUAUGCUGGCAUUCCUAGUUAAUGAGCUCUGCUGCAGCAAGGCCGUGAUCGGUGAGAUCGACCGAAACAUAGAUCACAUUACCAAUCUGAGGAAGGAUAAGUGGGUUGUCGAGGGGAAACUUCGCAAACUGAGGAGCAUCCAUGCCAAGAAGACUGGGAAAAGGGAGAGCAGUGUGGGCGGAGAGGACAGUCACUCCUUUGUCACCCCCACCGCCAGAAACAAAUGCAAGAGGAAAGAAGGUGACAGUGAGGAGGAAGAGGACGAGGAGGACACCAGUGAAGACCAAGGAGAGGACGACGACGACGAGGAGGAAUCGGUGGGGACGAAAGGGAAGAAAGCAGAAAUAUGCGAAGAGGAGGACGACAGUGUGCACUCAGCCAGCAUGGAGGAGCUGGAGAAACAGAUAGAGAAAACAUACAAGCAACAGAGUCAGAUCAGACAGAAGUUAUUUGAUUCAUCACACUCGCUGCGCUCCAUGACGGUCGGACAGGACCGCUACAAGAGGCGUUACUGGGUCCUGCCGCAGUGUAGCGGCGUCUUUGUGGAGGGGAUGGAGAGCGGUGAAGGUUAUGAAGAGGCAGCGAAAGAGAGAAACAGACAGAGGACGGCUGCGGUGAUCAGGAUAAAAGAAGAAGAAGAAGAAGAAGAACCGCAGGAAGAGACAAGGAAGCCAGCGGUCUCCAGUCCAGCACAGAGCACAGACGGCGACACAACCACACCGGAGGGCCAGCAGGACAAGGACAGUCUCAAUCUGUUCCUUCAGAAACCUGGCUCCUUCUCAAAGCUCAGCAAACUCCUUGAAGUAGCCAAACUGUCUCGGGAUUCAGACGUCAAUCCUUACUACAGUCCUUCUACUAAAGUCCCUACCACUGUCUCUUACCCCUCAUACCCUGCCUCUCAGACAGCUACUGGUCAGCAGGGACUGAUGGAUAAAUCGGUUACUUCAGCGCCGCCUGUGCUUAGUUCCCCCCAGCUCAGUAGUCCCUGGAUGAUCUGCGGCCCUCCGGCCAUCGAUCACGAGGAGCAGCUCUCCAUGAUGCUGAUGGAAAAGAGCAACCAGUGGUUCAGCCUCUUACCUCGCUCCCCUUGUGACGAGUCCUCGUUGACCUCAGGCUCCAGCCCUCCGGCCUCCUCCUCCUCCUCUCCACCACAGACCGGCACCACCAAAUCCCCCGGCCCUAUUUCCCUCGCUGCUGCCAGUUGCAGGGCUCCUACAGGGAUCAAUAACAUUCAGCAUUCUCUCUCUCAGCAAGUAAAGUCUGGCAUUCAUCAAAGCAGGCUGACGUGGUGCGAUGUGACCGGCCUGCCCUACCUCGGUGCUCCUCUAACCCCACCACUGGAUCGGACCUCCCCACAUGUGAAGGGUGAUGGCAAAAACGUCUACCUCAUGGCACACAGCAACACAGUCAACAAGAGUGGGACCUCAGAGCAACAAAGUGACAAGCCCGGGUGUGCCUCAUUCCCUUCUGUGGAAGUAGCCAAGACCCAGGACUACCCAAGUCCUCAGCCCAUCCCUGAGGAUAUGCUGUGUGGCUGGUGGAGGGUGGCUGACAUGGAGGAACUGCACAGUCUGGUCAAGGCCCUCCACAGCCGAGGCGUCAGAGAGAAGGCCUUGCAGAAACAGAUCCAGAAACACAUGGAGUACACAAACCAGCUCUGUGACAAUAGCAAACACGCGAUUGAUGUGGCAGAGCUAAAGAACAGGGAGUCGAGUCAGAAUACCGUGGAGGGUUGGUGUGUUGAGGAGCAGGCCAUGGAGGUGGACAUCAGCCUGCUGCAGCAAGUCGAGGGUCUGGAGAGGAAAGUCGUGUCUGCAGGCCUGCAGGUCAAGGGUUGGAUGCAUGGCGAGCCCCAGUCGGAGAGGGAGGAUCUGGUCUACCACGAGCACAAGCUCCAUGCCUCCCUGGCUCAGGAGAAGAAAGGACAGCGAGAAACGGCCCGGGAGGAGCUGCCUGGCGCGGUGGUGCGACGGCCCGACAAUCCCCUCGAUAUAGCUGCCAUCCGGCUGGCAGAGCUGGAGAGGAACAUCGAGCGGAGUGAGGAGGAGGCGGCGCCCGGGAUGCGGCUGUGGCGUAAAGCCCUCGGUGAAGUGCGCAGCUCGGCUCAGCUGUCGCUCUGCAUUCAGCAGCUGCAGAAAUCCAUUGCCUGGGAACGAUCCAUUAUGAAAGUGCACUGCCAGCUCUGUCAAAAGGGGGAUAACGAAGAACUGCUCUUACUCUGUGACGGCUGUGACAAAGGCUGCCACACUUACUGCCAGAUACCCAGGAUCACCACAGUACCUGAUGGAGACUGGUUUUGCCCCACUUGUGUAUCAAAGGGCAGCGGCCAGUCCGCCUGGAGUCGGAAGCAGCGGAGCCGAACGGCUGGAGGAGGGAAGAAAGGCAGCGAGGUAAAACAAACCAGUAAGCCAUCUGCGGUAGGAGAGCUCAUCAAAGAAGAGGCUGCCAGCGGCAACAGCGUACCAAAGAAAGGUACCAAGGAGCUCAAAAAGAGGAAAGGAGACGACAGCCCCCCGUGCUCCCAGACCAGGCACGGCAGCCCUCAGUCCUGUGUGAAAAAAGCUAAAACGACCAAAGACAGUACCACAGAUGGGCUGAUGAUGUGCCGAGUGUUGCUGGAUGAGCUGGAGGGCCAACGGGACGCGUGGCCCUUCCUCUCGCCUGUCAACCAGAAAGCCGUCCCGGGAUACAGAAAGGUCAUCAAAAAGCCCAUGGACUUCUCCACCAUCAGAGAAAAGCUCAGAAACAACCAGUACGUGAAUUUGGAAACUUUCAUCGUUGACGUGAACCUGGUUUUUGAUAACUGUGAAAAGUUUAACGAAGAUGAUUCUGAAAUAGGACAAGCCGGCCACAGCAUGAGGACGUUUUUUGACAAACGAUGGACUGAACUGCUGGAGUGACCAUUGGCAGGGUGGACUUUCAAUGCUCCUCUCUACAUUGCUUACUUCCCCUGUGACACUAAAUCAAUAAAUAGGUUAUGAUACCACUGACGUGCAAUGGGAUAAGACGUGAUUCUACUGCUGAGAAAACACACUUCACGAUUUCAUUUCUUAAAGUGCAAUACUGUUUUCUUUAUCAGAAUACACUGGCUCUGGGGCUCGAUGUUGUAUUUUGACUUUUCUGCUUUGGGGAUUUCCACUGUACAUAGGCCUUUUGCUUUUUUUGUUAUCAUCAAUACUUUAAGUUUAACGUACAUGUGUGUAUUUAUUUUCUCAAGUAUUUAUGUUGGGGUUGGUCUUUUCUAAAGACAAAAAAGCAGGACAUGGCACACAGCUUUAAAAAUAAAUCAAACGAUUGUUUUAUGAACCAUUGAACUAGCCAAUCAAAAAAAAAAAAUGUUUA